AUGGGUAAGCUAUAUAAGGUGGACAUGCAUGGAGAAGCCUCCAAAUAUAAUAUUCUCAUUUCUCAGAUAGCCAACAAACAAAAUCAAGAGCAAACACUGCCAUUCUUCGAUACCAUGCUCGUGAGGCUGCUUGCAAUUGCAAUCCUAGCCCAGAAGGCUGUUGCCAAUGUCUGGUUAGCUGGCGUGAAUAUUGCUGGAUUUGACUUCGGCUGCGGAAAUACAGAUGGGGUAUACACUGCCUCCGAGGUGAUGCCGCCGCUCCUUUCUCAGGGAGGGGCUGAUGGGGCGGGGCAGAUGAGCCAUUUUACCACCAAAUAUGGGCUCAAUGUCUAUCGUCUUCCAGUAUGCUGGCAGUACUUGGUCAAUAACAACCUUGGAGGCAACUUAGAUUCGACAAAUUCUGGUAUCUAUGAUCAGCUGGUGCAGGCUUGCUUGACCACAGGAGCCUAUUGUGUCAUCGACAUUCACAACUAUGCUCGUUGGAAUAAUGAGAUUGUAGGGCAGUCAAGUGGUGCAGUAACUAGUGAUCAACUCGCUAGCGUGUGGUGGCAGCUAGCAGCAAAAUAUGCGUCGACAUCGAAGGUUAUAUUCGGGGUGAUGAAUGAGCCUCACGACCUUGACAUCACAGAAUGGGCGACUAGCACUCAAGAGGCUGUCACGUCGAUCCGCAAUGCUGGUGCAACGUCCCAAAUGAUUUUGCUCCCAGGUACCGACUAUACAUCUGUCGGCGGCUUCAUCUCCGAUGGAUCUGCUUCGGCCCUUAGUGCCGUGACAAAUCCCGAUGGCAGUACUACGAAUUUGAUCUUUGACGUACAUCAGUAUCUCGAUUCAGACGGAAGCGGUACUAGCACUACCUGCACUACCAAUGGAGUCGAUAACCUCAACACGCUGGCAACUUGGCUGCGCAGCAAUGGGCGACAAGCCUUCCUGACUGAAACUGGCGGCGGAAGCACUUCUUCUUGCUACACAGAUCUUUGUGCUGAGUUGGACUGGAUGAACUCGAAUUCUGAUGUCUAUUUGGGAUGGAUCGGAUGGGCAGCUGGUUCUUUCGCGACUAGCUACGCUCUCUCCUUGACUCCCACUUAUUCGAAUGGAGUCUGGACAGACACAGGAAUCUUGUCAAGCUGCGUCGCUGGAAUGUUUUGA